AUGUCUAUCCCUUGUCUACGCUUCAUUAAGCUUCCCGACAGGGAUGCCUGGGUCCCCUCCUAUGUCGUCAAGAAGAAUGAUGACCUGUCGGCCUUCUACAUCCUCAUCGAGUUCGGCCAGUGUUCUAUCGCCUCCAAGCUGCUUGGAGACACGGUGAAUCUACACACUAUUGACAACAAGCCCCUCGUCGGUGCUUGGGUCAAUGAGACCUUCAAGACUACGUGGAGAAUGUCCUCCUCGACGGUCCCUCAUGGCAAAGCUCUACAAAGUUCCACUACUCUGGAGCUCGAGGAUAUCUCGGAGGCCUUCAUCAACAACAUUGCUGAUCCUACGGAGCCGCCACUUCCUCCUCAACAGCAUUCCUUCCAAGCUACGGGUGAAGCAUCAGCGUCCUCCUCAUCUGGAGGAGUCUUUCCUUAUCCGCCGAUGCCAUCUCACGCUCCACCCUAUGUAGCUUCUGGUCCACAUCCACAUCAGCCUGUUAUACCUCAGGGUUCUCACGCUAGCAUUGGCCACGGUCCCGCGGUAAGCGAAGGUUCUCUACCAGCAGGCAGCACCAAUCCCGUUACAUAUGGUGCCUCUGAAGGCCUUAACCAAUAUCAGCACGUCCCUUCCGCUGAAGGCCUUCCUCCCCAUCACGUGGUAUUACCUUCUGUCAACCAGGUCCUACCUUCUGCAGCUCCGAUGGCUAUGAACUACGGCUACCCUACCGGAUACGGUGCUGGUUUUCCACUCCUACCUCCGGUCCCUCAGCCUCCUCCGGCCCUCGGUACUCAUGGAGUCAACUUUGAGGUCCCGCAGUUCGCUCCCUUCUCUGGCAACAAUGAUGCUAUUGACAGCACCACUCGCCACUACGCCAAGCGUGAAGCCAACUCUGCUGAUCUACCCAACAAGCGACAGUUCACCGGCUUCAACGACGACCGUGCAGUGGCUGAUGUUAUCAAGUCUGUCAACCAUCUCUCGUGCUCUAAUGGUUGGGGUGCUCUCGAGUACUACUUCUUCCUAACCAGACUCUUGGACGAGACUGUCAGCAGGGAGGUCAGACCUUUACCUCAGCAGACUCACAGUGCUUGCGCUCGUGAGGUCAUGCGCAUCUGCCAGCUUCUCUCCCAGUUACACAAAUCCAGUGACACGGACUACAUCAGGAAGCUCGUCAAGUGGAACAGCCUUUACAUGGGUGAUCGCCAACAACUUGGUGACUACUUGAAGGCCUUCGACUCUAUCCGCCUCGACAUCGAGCGUCAGCAAGGUUAUCCUUUCGAGGACCGGUUCCUCGCGUCCAAGCUGACUGCCAGCCUCCGAGGCGCUCAUCAUGAAGCUGCUCUCACGCGCAUGAAGGCCUUAACCUACCGUCAACUUCUACAUGAGCUCGUGGAACUUGACCGCCUUCGUCAACUAUCUUCACACCAGCGUGGUAGAUCUGACCCUUCUCAAGGCCGCAAGGAUGACCCUCUCCCUAAGGUACCGCUCAACCAGAUGACUGCCUCAACGUCUACAACGACAACCAACCAGUCGUCUACUCAGCAACCUACACAGGGCUCCAAUGGUCAUGGCAAGGGUUCUCACGAUCGUCAACGGCGUCAGCGGCCGAAGCUUCGGUGUACCCGAUGCAUGGAUGGUGAUCCUAACUGCAAGGCUGGUGCCAGCUUCUGCCCUGCGCCGUCCCCUCUCAAGAAGGAAGGUAGGUGUCCCUACUGCAAUAGGCCUUCUGUCAAGUGUACUGGUGUCUGUCCCAAGCGGGACUCGGUAAGGUGUGACCGCUGCUCACAACAGCAUCAUACUUCACACUGCCCUAACUCGCUGACCAAGUCUACUGACCCGACUCUCGACACCAUGACUCUUUCCUUAUCGGUUGAGUCCUUAUCGUUCACCCCGCCUUCUUCAACGACAAAUGGUCCUCUGAAGGCCUUCUGUUCUACCACACAGCCAACCACAUCGCCACUUCCAGUAAUCGCCAGUCCUGUUCUCAACCUCGACAACACUCUUCAGUCUCUCCGAGAUAUGCCAUCAUCCUUACGCAACGUGGAGUUCAACUUCCUCACGAAGGAUGGUCGUUGUCCUGGUUUCACUGGGCUGCUGGACUCCGGCUCUCAGCUACUCGCUUGCUCCGACUCAGGCCUUCUUCGCCUUCAACAAGCCAAUGUCGCUCUUGAGCCUACCGGUGUGACCUGUGUUGCUACUCUAGCGGUGUCCCGUCGGGUGAACUCGUGUCCCAUCUACAAGAUCACUUACUGUCAUAAAGGCCUACGGGUUCAGACUUUCAUUGCUCUUGUUCAUGGCCUUGCUCGAGACUUCAUCUUCAGCUGUGACGUUCUUCGCCGUGUACAAAAUCCAGUUCUGUGGGUCUUCAAUCCUUCUGGUGAUCGCAUCAUCUCCCUCGUGGACACGACACCUCAAGUAGCUACUGCAUGGAAGGCCUUCAUCGACGCCGUGGACCUCUCUAGAUCUGCACCUCCGGAUGAUCCUCCUAACAAGGUGGCUGUAGGCCUUAACUCCAUCGACCUCGGUGACACACAACCUCCAACUGUCAACUUGGAUGAGCACGAGUCUUGCUUCAACAAGGACUCCGUCAUUCCCCUUCCUGUGGUCGACGACUUCUCCAACGUUGCUGACGACGACCUCACCAACGGCUCGGUUUCUACUUCCUUCAUGCAGUUGCUCUUCUCAGAGCCUUGCCCCUUGGUGACUCUAGCCUCGCUGCCUGUCACGGACACCUUGGUGGUCUACUCCGAUCCGGUGCCCUCCAAGCAGGUUUCUACUCCGUCGCCUCCUCCUCACAGGUUUGUACACCAUCUCCGCUGGCGAACUGGUCACCGGCCUACCAACUCUCACAUUCCCUUCCUCAAGCGGUCCUCUACUCUAGCCCAUCAACUUCGCCGCAAGGGUCUCUUUGACGCUUACGAUGCAGAGAUACGUGGCUUCGUCCAGAAGGGUUAUGUCAAGCCGGUGCCCCGAGAAGAAGUUCGCUUCUGGUUGCAUCACUUUCCUGUUAUCAAGAAGGGGUCCCAAGAAGGCUCUGUGAAUCGAAGCUCAAUGCGACUCAGGCCUGUCUUCGACGGUUCACCUCUCAGCAAGUUCAUCGAUGCCAGUCUGCCCGAAGGCCUUCAUCAAGGAGUGCCGCAUAGGCACAGGGAUUUGGCCAAAAGUGGAGUAUUAGGCUCAAGUUUCGAGCACCAAGUUACUAAUUAG